AUGCGGAAACUAAAGGCGAAUUUAGCAUAUCUCAUGACAAGUGAAGAUUCCUCUUUGGACGCUCAACCCUCGGCGUCCGGAAAUCCAUCGGACGGGGAUGAAGCGAGAAAGCUUCGCGAUAACGCGAAUGCUGUCAUCUUUGGUAGUUGGGACGGCAAUAAUUCGCCGGACGCUAUGCUCGAUGAGAUGCUGAGGCGAACAGAAGAUGAGUUGACCAAGAAUCGCCCACCUCCAAAAGCACCUCUUGCAAGCUAUCAAGAGCUGAAGGAAGAGGAAAAAUAUAUGAAGGCUUUUCAACAAACCUUGAUUUUUACAACAGAGAAAGCGAUGACGCACUACCGAAAUGGAAUCAAGAAAGAAUUGGCAACGCACCCGCCGGCCGUUUUUCUACCGAUUCGACCGAAAAGUCCUACACAAGUGCAAGAUGAAGAGACGCGGUUAAAGGGCUACUUGCACAUGAUGUGUGAGCAGCUGGGAGAACAGAAAAAGUCGCUUGAAUUUCUGAAGACGAGUGCGGCCGGCUCGUUCCUUGAACGGUGGAUUCUAAAAGGAAUCCUGCAAGAUGGCUAUGACGAAGAUGGGGAAGAGGUCAUCCCAAGGAUUGACCUCGAAAAGCUGGUAGAGAAGGCGUUUGCGAAGUAUUGCGGCCAGGUCUCCGAUGCCGAAAAGACGAAAGAG